CUCGAAGCAACAUCUCUGCGGUAGCUGCAACGGCGUGAAGCUGUAGCGAUGAGGCUGCUGGUUUUGCUCACGCUUCUUGUAGCAGCGUAUGGUUUAUCGUCUCGGUUUUGGCACUCUUUUAAGCUCGCUCAUGGAAAGAUAUACAAAAGCAUCGCUGAAGAACGGUUCCGUAAAAAUGUAUAUGUUGAAAACAAGAUGAAAAUUGACGAGCACAACAAGAGGUAUGAACAAGGCCUGGUCUCAUAUAAAUUAAGUAUGAACCAUUUUGGAGAUUUAACCAAUGAGGAGUUCCGAUUAAUGAUGAAUCGUCUCGACGUCAGAAAACCUCAACUCAGCUUCUUCACGUACUUCGAGACCAAGAACAUAACGUUGCCCGAAUCGGUCGACUGGAGGGAGAGAGGAGCCGUCACUCCCGUAAAGGAUCAGGGGAAGUGUGGUGCUUGCUGGUCCUUCAGCUCGACAGGCGCCCUCGAAGCGCAGCACUUUCUGAAGACAGGACGACUGAUUCCACUGAGCGAACAAAACCUCAUCGACUGCUCCGAAGAAUAUGGUAACGACGGUUGUGAUGGAGGUCUGAUGGACUUCGCUUUUCAAUAUGUUGUGGAUAACAACGGCAUAGACACCGAGAAUUCAUACCCAUACGAGGGACCGGUGGCAGAUUGUAGAUAUAAUACGACAAGUGUUGGGACAUCAGCAACUGGCUACGUGAUCAUCCCGGAAGGUGACGAGAGAGCUCUGGAAGAAGCAGUGGCCACGAUAGGGCCAAUAUCAGCAGGAGUGGACGCCAGUCAUACUUCCUUCCAGUUCUAUUCCGGAGGAUUGUACCAUGAAAAGUACUGCACCCAAUCUGUGGAUCACGCAGUGCUUGUGGUUGGCUAUGGGACGGACGAGAAAGGACAGGAAUACUGGAUAAUAAAGAACUCCUGGAACGCAACAUGGGGAGAGGGAGGCUACAUCCGGCUGGCCAGGAACCAGGGCAAUCAUUGUGGAGUUACCAACAGGGCCAGUUACCCUCUGCUAUAGGAGUUUCCAUUUUGAAAAAAUAAAAUUGGCAAUUGUUUUUAUUUUGUAAUAUAAAUAUUUGCAAAUAUUACGGUAACUAUUACAUAUGCUUACUAUAUUCCAUUGGCAUAAGGAAAAUCCCUAAAAAUAUCUCUUUUUUUAUGGGUGGUAUGUGAUAGAUCCUAAUUACUUUUUUGAUAGAAAAAGAAAUCCUCUGUUGAACAAAUCCGAUACUUAGGAGUCUACCUGAGAAUACAUCUAGCUUAGAAUCGUCAUUAAAGGCUGAAACCAGAAAUCGCUCGAUUUUUUCGGCUACAUCCGUACUUACAAGAUAAAUAUUCUUAGCUUCCAAUUAAUUAUAAGUCUCAUAUACAAGAAUAUAAUAAGGACUAUUUGGACUUACAGAGUUGAGCUGGGCCACACUAAACCAUUAAAUCCCUCUCGUUUUCAAUCCUUGGCAACUAAAAUUCGUCGUAAAAUCCUUAGUGCUCCUGAAGAUUCCACUCUUUCACGAAUAAAACUCUCCAAGACGACCUCAAUGUCCUAUGUAUCUCCAAUUUGUCAUAAUCCAGACAGCUAUCCUUUCAUAAUAAACAUCAGAACAAUCCGAACUCUUUCGUUUCUAAUCCCGAACAACCCUCCGAGACGUCUGAUAGAAGAUGAUCUCGUGAUUUCCUAAUGUAGAAACUAUAUCAGAGUACUGUUAAUAAGUACUUUCUCUACAAGCCUAUUCAUGACAUAAUAUUUUUAUCUUCACAUUUACUAGAUUUAUUUUUAUUUAAUAUAGUUGUCAAUUUCAUAAAUAAAAUUUAAAAAAUAAUUUGUCUACUAUUAAGUAACCAGUGAUGUUGAUUUAUUCACCAGAUGUAUAUUACAAAUUCUAUUUAUACUAAAAUCCAAACACUGCAUAACCCUUAAUCCACAAAGUAAAAGCUUUUAAAUACAAAAAUUAAAAUUAUUCAUGAGACGAUAAAUCGAUUAUAUCUUAUUUUAUGUAUCAGAUUUUUCUUUAAAUUUUUUCUGCAUGUUUAUGGCAAAGAUAUAAUAUGAUAAAUAACUUUUUGGGUUUGAAUUUUCGAAUAUUUGCGAUGUUAUGAUUGACCAAAAAUUUUCAAAACCGCACUUCGUUUCAGCUACAUACUUAAUAA